CGAGCUUGCUCUAGAAAGCUUGAGACCUUACCAAAUGAUGCACGCCCGGGUUAUCCACUGGUUUUUCUGUGUACGUACAGUAGAUGCCGGGGGAGCUCUAGUUUCAGCGGGGCUUAAACUUCUACGGUUAGACUUGAAUAGAUAAAGAUACUGGACAUAACGGCCUUUACCUUAACAUUGGACGUGCAAACCAGGGGGCGCCACAAAUCCACCGAGAUCUUACUCACUCUUUUCUCGAUUCUCCGUUCUCUUAUCGACCUGAUACUCGUAUACGUGAUUUGAGGAGCCGGGCACCUGGAAAAGCAGUGGCACUCCGAUCAUUACGACUACCCCAGUUCGGAUUUCGCGGAGACCAUAAUUCGCCAUGUCAGUACCAGCGGGAAGUUCGGCCUUGAGCAAAGAUGUCCUCUUGGUAAUGUUUAUCUCAGGACCUGAUGAAGAAUGGAUUUCAAGGGUAAAAUCAAAGCAUCCAGGCCUUGAAGUCAGAUGGCAGAAGAUAUUGCAGGACGGCAAAAGGUUUCUCAAUCCAGAAGAUCUGGGAGAUGAAAUUUGGGACGGUGUUACUCUUAUCUGCCCAUUUUUCUGGCCACCAGCACCCAAGUAUCUAUCGACUGUGCGGUUUGUUCAGCUCGCAUCCGCCGGGAUCGAUGCCUGGGUGAAUCACGAGAUAUAUCAGGAUGAGAAUGUAGUCUUCUGCACCACGAAUGGUGCGCAUGCGCCCCAAAUCGCCGAGUGGGUAAUCGGGUCGUACCUAUCACAUCAGCACCAUUUCAUCCGUUACAAUGAACAGAUGCGGAGUGGGCACUGGGAAUCGCCAAUGGCAUCUACUGUGCAAGACUGCACGGUUGCGCGGAUGGGUGUUCUCGGUUAUGGCGCAAUUGGACGGCAAUGCGCUCGCAUCGCCAAGUCCAUGGGUAUGGAUGUGUAUGCUUACACGCGAAGUGAGAGAUCAACGCCUGAACAACGAAAAGACGACUCUUUCUGCAUCCAAGGCACAGGUGACCCAGACGGUGUGAUUCCCUCGAAAUGGUUUCACGGCGCCUCCAAGAACGACAUCAACAACUUUUUGAACCAGGAUCUUGAUAUUCUCGUCCUCAGUCUUCCUUUGACUCAAGAUACCAAGGGCUUGCUUUCUCGCGAGCAAUUUGAGAUCCUCAGUAAGAAAAAGACGUUUGUCUCCAACAUCGCAAGAGGUGGAAUCAUCAAUACGGAUGAUCUGAUCGAAGCCUUGGAGUCUGGGAAGAUUCGAGGAGCCGCUCUUGAUGUCACGGACCCAGAGCCUUUGCCUUCAGACCAUAAGCUCUGGAAAGCUCCAAAUCUGCUUAUAACACCUCACGUCAGCUGGCAGACCCAAUCGCUUUCAACACGCAUCCUAGAGAUCCUGGAGCUCAAUCUGGACAAGCUGGGUGCUGGUGAGCAUUUGAUCAACGUUGUGAACAAGGAGCAUAAUUAUUGAUUUGUUCGGUGGCCGCUAGCCUAGCACCUGAAUUAGUGACUUCGAUUCUCGUCGUAGUUUAAUAUAGGACUGUCAGAAAUCCACCUUUAGGUAAUGCCAAAUCAAGCUUUCCAGGCUUGGUUGACC